CUCAGCGACCACCAUCCACCUGACAUCGACACAAGGUGGGUUGUAUCGACAUCGAAAGAUCAUCCUCGUCGAUAGUCCACGUCCUAGUCCUCUCCAUCCUCCAUCAAGGCUAGACCAUCCACGGACCUUCUUUCUCUCUCUCUCUCGGGGUAUUUCUGCGACGGAGGAAUCAAGAGGGAAAAAAAACUAGGGAUCGUGUCCGAUUCUGAAACUCUGAAAAGCGCACAGUCGAAAAGUUCUCGUUCAAGAUGUUCAACAUGAGCCGCGUUGGAUUGAGGGCCGCUGGCAAGACUGCCGCUAGUGCCCGAUUCGCCAGUACCCAGGCUGGAGGAUCGGCCUUUACCUCCCGUCCGGCCGUCGCCACUGCCACCGCCCUCUCGAUCGGUUCGAUAGCCUACUACACCCACACUUUCGGCCAGCUUCCCUUCUUGCCCCAAGCUUCGGCCAACACGGCUGCCGACGAUGGUUUGCACUCGGCCGAGUACCCUUGGGCUCACAGGGGAAUCUUUGAUACGUUUGACCACGCUUCCAUUCGACGAGGAUACCAAGUCUACCGUGAAGUCUGCUCGGCCUGUCACUCUCUCGACCGAAUCGCCUGGCGAAACCUCGUCGGUGUCUCGCACACCGUCGACGAGGCCAAGGCCAUGGCCGAAGAGGUCGAAUACCAGGACGGACCCAACGACGAGGGUGAAAUGUUCCAGAGGCCCGGAAAGUUGGCCGACUACAUGCCUCCUCCUUAUGCCAACGACGAGGCUGCCAGGGCUGGAAACGCCGGUGCUUUGCCCCCUGAUCUCUCGUUGAUGACCAAGGCUCGUCACGGUGGUGCCGACUACGUCUACUCCCUGCUCACUGGUUACGUCGACCCCCCACCAGGUGUCACCGUUGCCGAGGGCAUGAACUACAACCCCUACUUCCCCGGUGGUGGAAUCGCCAUGGGUCGAGUGCUUUACGACGGUCUGGUCGAGUACGAGGAUGGGACCCCGUCGUCGACCAGUCAAAUGGCCAAGGACGUCGUCAGCUUCUUGUCCUGGACCGCCGAGCCCGAGUUGGAUGAGAGGAAGAAGAUGGGUCUGCAGGCCGUCAUCAUCCUGUCGACCUUGACUGCCAUCAGUUUGUACGUAAAGAAGGCCAAGUGGUCAGCCUUGAAGAACAGGAAGCUCUACUACAACCCUCCCAAGUCGGGUCACUAAGCUUUGAUUUCGGACGUGACGGGGGGAUCUGGAGAAAGAGGUGUUUGAGGGGGGAUGUAGUAACGUGACAUGGUUUUUGUGCAUGAUUUAGCUUUAGAAUUCCCUUCUGCCCUACAUUGUGUCUCACGUCCACGAGUGUCAGGAGGGUGGCGUUCGAUCGCGCGCCGCCAUUGAAACGCAUGUAUCAGGUUGGAGUGACCCAACCUUCGUGCAGAAGUCUACCGUCUAAAGGGUCGAAGCGGUUGUGGUGUCAUCUAUCGGCUGUCGAUACAGGCAGUAAUCAGGUGUGUCCUGUUGGUAGCAGCAUAGGGUAC